AUGUCAGAAGAACGAGUCGAAGCUGAAUGGAUUCCGGGAACGGUCCAUCUCGUUGAUGUUCAUCACGACCUGGACGUCCAGCACAAUGGAAGUUCUGAUGUUGUUUUGAUCCCUCAGCCGUCCGAGGACCCUAACGAUCCACUGAGAUGGUCCAAGAUGAAGAAAGAGUUACAGUUUGCAAUCUUGAUGAUGUGGUCGUUCUUGACCGCAGUGGCAACAAACUGGACUGGUCCAGCUUGGGACGCCUGGGUGGAGUACUUCAACACUACAUACACAAUUCUGAACGACACCUCAGCCGUGGGAUGGUGUUUCCUCGGGAUUGGUUGUGUGCUAUUGCAACCACUUGCUAUGAAAUUCGGAAGAAGGGUGGUCUAUCUCUUCGCUACCUUGUGCCAACUUUUUGGUAACGUGGUUGGCGGACUAGCCACUAACACAGGCUUUCUUUAUGGUUGCAAUAUCAUGACUUGCUUCGCGGGAGCGCCGUGCGAUUCGCUUGUCCAGAUCUCAGUCACCGAUGUUUUCUUCCAGCACGAAAGAGCCAACCGUAUUUCGCUUCUCACUUUCAGUUUGUACUCUGGGUCAUUCCUAGGCCCUAUUGCUGCUGGAUACAUCAUCGAGUCCCAAGACUGGCAAUGGUGCUAUUGGUAUUUGGUGAUAUUUUUUGGUGUCCUAUUCUUCGCUCAGGUGUUUUUUAUGGAAGACAGUACUUUUGUGAGACAUGAUCUGAAGAAACAAGAGGAAGCUGUGAUUGAACAGGUCCUCAGUCGCGAGUCAGAGGUUAAACCCCAGCCAGAAGUCAAGGUUGACGAAGAGGACAUGGCUUCCGUUCCAGCAAAAAGAACAUAUCGCCAAAAGUUGGGUAUUGUGGAAACUGAGUACAACGAUAAACGCCCAUACUGGGUUAUCAUGAUCCGUCCUCUUAUGAUUGGUGGACUGCCUGCUGUUUUCUGGGGUGGGUUUGUUUAUGGUGUCCAAGUUAUGUGGCUUUCGUUGCUAUCGACCACCGAGGCCGAGUUCUUUGUUGUUCCGCCAUACAAUUUUGGUACUGCUGCACUUGGAGAUACAAACUUCAGUGCACUUAUUGGAUGUUUCUUUGGAGCAUUCUGGGGAGGCAUACUUUCCGACAAAUUUGUUCUCUGGAUGGCUAGAAAACGUGAUGGUGUUCUUGAGCCAGAAUACCGGUUAUGGUUCCUGUUGCUUCCUGCAGUCAUUAAUUCGACUGGUUUACUGAUGUACGGAUUGGGAUUAAACAAUGGAAUCCACUGGAUUCUUCCUGGAGGAUUUGGUAUGGCGUUCAUUGGCUUUGGAAUUGGUUCAGGCGGUGCUCUCAUCCUCACAUAUGCUUUAGAUUGUUACCCCGAGCUACAGAGUGAAGCCAUGGUGUUCAUGCUGUUCAUCAGAAACAUGAUUGGAAUGAGCUUUACAUUUGCUAUUCAGCCGUGGUUGGAUGCAUGCGGAAUUGUUACCACUACUUGGCUGAUGUUCAUGUUAUCGAUGGUUUUCAACUUCAGCUGCCUGCUGUUUAUCAUUUGGGGAAAGAAAUUCAGAAUCUGGACGAAAAACUACUAUGUCAAGUAUUCUGACCCCCAUGUUAUUUUCUAA